AUGUCACAAAAACUUGUAAUUUCAUCAACAUCAACAUGUAGUGUUAAUAAAUGGUAAAACGGCCUGCCAUAAAGCCAAAUAAUAUUGGGAUCAUCGUUUCUUUGGACCAAAAGCGAAGGUGCGUUUGUGGUCGGUCGGAUAACAGACAACUGUUGGCACAAAUAGAGUCGCGGGUUAACUGAUACAUAUUUGUAUCACCAACAGACUGAGGGGUUGAAGCGGGGCAAGUGUUAUUAUUAUUAUUAUUAUUAUUAUUAUUAUUAUUAUUAUUAUUAUUAUUAUUAUUAUUCCCGUGGACCACACACACGCAUCUUCACCUGCUGGUAAGCUUGCCAGCCUACACGUAACAACGUAACCCCAAACGUAACGGUUUCCUGGGGGGAUUAAAAAAAAAGGUGGUCGGCUCAAAAAGCUGACGACGGACCAGACAUGGACGACAAAUCUUUUACCAAGGAGCUGGACGGAUGGAUCGAACAGCUGAAUGAGUGCAAACAGCUGACAGAGAACCAGGUCAAACUGCUCUGCGAGAAGGCCAAGGAGAUUCUGACAAAAGAGUCCAACGUUCAGGAGGUGAGAUGUCCGGUGACUGUCUGUGGAGACGUUCAUGGCCAGUUCCAUGACCUGAUGGAGCUGUUCAAAAUAGGAGGGAAGUCUCCAGACACCAACUACCUCUUCAUGGGAGACUACGUGGACAGAGGCUACUACUCUGUGGAGACGGUCUCACUCCUGGUUUCUCUUAAGGUAAGGUUCCCUGAACGGAUCACGAUCCUCAGAGGGAAUCACGAGAGCCGGCAGAUCACACAAGUGUACGGUUUUUAUGACGAGUGCCUGAGGAAAUAUGCAAACGCCAACGUUUGGAAGUACUUCACGGACCUGUUCGACUAUCUGCCCCUCACUGCACUAGUAGAUAACCAGAUUUUCUGCCUCCACGGAGGAUUGUCCCCUUCAAUCGACACGCUGGAACACAUCAGGGCGCUGGAUCGCUUGCAGGAGGUUCCACAUGAGGGUCCAAUGUGUGACUUGUUAUGGUCGGACCCAGACGACCGCGGCGGCUGGGGAAUCUCACCUCGUGGUGCCGGUUACACAUUCGGGCAGGACAUUUCUGAGACGUUCAACCACGCAAAUGGCUUAACUUUGGUUUCAAGAGCCCACCAGCUGGUGAUGGAGGGUUAUAACUGGUGCCACGACCGCAACGUGGUGACAAUCUUCAGUGCACCGAACUAUUGUUAUCGUUGUGGAAACCAGGCCGCAAUCAUGGAGCUGGAUGACACACUGAAAUACUCCUUCCUACAGUUUGACCCCGCCCCACGCAGAGGAGAGCCUCACGUGACGCGGCGCACACCAGACUACUUCCUGUAAAACAUCGCUGGUGAGCAUGGAAAUAAGCUGCACAAAAGCCUAACGAGAGGAAGCAAUCAGUUGCACACAACUUGGGUGCCAUAUUCACAAAAUAAUAAAAUACAGACUUUAAUAUCUAUAAACACACCAUCAUCCUAAUUUUUAGCUAUCUGCACGUUUCAACUGCUAGGAAUGAUUGCCGCACUAAACAAUGCUGGUUAUAAUACCUGCUGGCUUGUCAGGAAAUACAAAUUCAUUAAUCUUCAGUUUUUCAGUGGUGUUUGUUUAAAAUGUUUAUGAUGAACAGAGUGUUUUUUUUAAAAUAAAUUUUAUUAAGUGCAUCUUUUAAAUGGCAUGGCCUCAAAUCCAAAGUAGUAAAACCUGUAUUGUGAUUUUUUUCUUUAUUAAGAAAAAGUUUAUUUUAUGAAAGUAAUGUGAUAAGGUUAUAAAAGUCAGAUGUGAGUAUGUUUUGUCACUACUUUUGUACCUGUUUUUGAUUACAUGGCACUGACAGAUGUUGUUUUUACACUGCUUUAGUUUUCUUUUUUUUUUCUUUUUUUGUUGACUCUUAGAAGAAGUAAUGUAAAUUAUUUGCGCCUGUAAUAAUGUUAUAAAUGUCUUUUAAUAUAUUAAAUGAUCUGAAACCACUAAUGUUGUCCAAAAUAAAUGCUGAAGUUGC